GGAGCCGCGGGCUGGCGGGUCGGGGUGAGGGGAGCCCUCCCCUUCCCUUCCCCUUCCCUUCCCCUUCCCUUCCGAGCCGAGCCGAGCCGAGCCGGGGAAGGCGCCGCCGCGACCCGUCCUGUGCCGCCCGCAGCAUGGUCUGGAAAACUCUGCCGCUGCUCUGUGCCCUGCUGGCCGCCGCCCGGCUGCGAGCGGAGGAAGAGCCGAGGAGCAAAUCUAAAAUCUGUGCCAAUGUCUUCUGCGGAGCUGGGCGGGAAUGUGCAGUGACGGAGAAGGGAGACCCGACCUGCCUCUGCAUUGAGCAAUGUAAACCUCACAAGAGGCCUGUGUGUGGCAGCAAUGGCAAGACAUACCUGAACCACUGUGAGCUGCACCGUGACGCCUGCCUCACUGGCUCCAAGAUCCAGGUGGAUUAUGAUGGGCACUGUAAAGAGAAAAAGUCUGAGAAUCCAGCUGCAAGUCCAGUUGUCUGCUACCAGUCGGACAGGGAUGAGCUUCGUCGCCGCGUCAUCCAGUGGCUGGAAGCUGAGAUUAUCCCAGACGGAUGGUUUUCCAAGGGCAGCAACUACAGUGAAGUCCUGGACAAGUACUUCAAGAGCUUUGAUGACGGCGAUUCUCGCCUGGACUCCACCGAAUUCCUGAAGUUUGUGGAGCAGAAUGAGACUGCCGUCAACAUCACCACCUACAUGGACCAGGAGACCAACAAGCUGCUCAGGGGACUCUGCGUAGAUGCCCUCAUCGAGCUGUCAGAUGAAAAUGCUGACUGGAAGCUCAGCUUCAAUGAAUUUCUCAAGUGCCUCAGCCCAUCCUUCAACCCACCAGAGAAAAAGUGUGCCCUGGAAGACGAAACUUACCAGGAUGGAGCAGAGACCCAGGUGGAGUGCAACCGCUGCGUCUGUGCCUGUGGGAACUGGGUGUGCACUGCCAUGACGUGCGAAGGGAAGAAUGAGAAGAUGCCUGCUGGGAGACAGCAACCUGAUCAAGACUUGACUGAGGAGGAGCUAGCUAGAUACGUUCAGGAGCUGCAGAAGCAUCAGGAGACGGCUGAGAAGACCAAGAGAAUGAGCACCAAGGAGAUGUGAGGGGCCUCCACACCGGAGGAGCCCGGGAGGAUGGGCCCAACCUGCUGCCCCGUCCUCCAGUGCUGAUCUCAGUAUGCACAAGUGUCUGCUACAGUUGCCCAGUCACAGAUAUUUACAUUGUAUAGCGAUGGGUUAUUUGUUUUGUAAUACACAGAGAAUGGGGCCAGGAAAGGGGAGCAGAGCCCACCUGUUCAGGGAGCUUCAUUGCUGGGGCUUUGGAAGGCUGGGAGGCAAUUGCAGCAGCCCCUGGGACCCUUUCCCAGAGCAGGCAGCUGUUCCUCCCAGGAGCUAACAGGGAUUUCUCGUUCCCCUGGAUCUGGGGAAAGGACGGAGGUCAGUGCUGGAUAGAAAAGGGGAUCUUCAAUCGAUACAAUUGUCAGCACCAGCCUUGGCUGCAGAAAUACAGGCCGGACAGUUUUGUGGCUGGGUAUGUGUGCUGCAGGGCAAUCGUUAGCCAAGGACCUUGCCCUGCUUACCCUCCCCUUUGGUUCGAGAUCCUCAAAGCUGGUCAGCCUCGUGUGACACCUGGAAGUCGUGGUGCCAUGCCGCGGGCACCAGUCCAGCACGUUCCUCCUUGCUUUCCACCGGACUGUCCCCAGCAGCUCCUCCAGUACAUUGUGGGCUCCAACACACGGUUCCUUGUGACCUCAUCUCACUCUUACUCCCCCUGCCCUCUCUUUUAAAGGUGCUAUCAUAUUUUAUUUUCUUAUCACAUUCACAUGCUGACUCCCCCUUUUGUUUUGUUUUGUUUUUAUUACUUUAUUUCCUAUGGUAGUAAUGCAGCGUUUGUAUGUCUCGUAGCUCUAGAUCUUUCAAGAAAACCCAGCCUGUGGGUUUUUUUUCAUUGACAGUGCUGUAAUGUCCGUGCACAGUUUGUACCACACUGCACUCAGCCACCACAAACACCACAAGCGACUUGUGAGCCCUAUGCUACAGGGUAUUUCUCAGUCGGGGACUGCAGCGUCCCUGAUGGGACAAAGAGACAGGGCUGGAUCUAACAAGUUCCACCAGACCCAGACUGACACUGCAGCUCUCUCUGUCUCUUGCUCCCUUGGCUAGCACUGACUGUGCUCAAAGUCCAUGCCCAGGCUUCCCUAAAUUGCCCAGGGGGGAUCUGCGAGGUAGUCUAGAGAGAGAGGGACCAGGCAGUCACGUUAGUAGAGUAUUUAAAAAGGCUUAACUACAGAGAAAACUUCAGUUGGGGUCCUGGGCUGUUAGCCAUCAUCUUGGGUUUUUCAUCUCCCUCUGGGGUAAGGCAGCAGCAUUAUUCAUUGAUUUCAGGUGUGAGUUUGGAGUGAGGGCUGGAAUCGUCAUUACUGACACAUUUCACAGAUCAGACCAUCUGUGACCGCCUUCACAUCCCUUCAUGGGUCAUUGUCAUUUGACAUGUUUCUCUGAGCAUUGGUCCUAGUUAUGACAUGCUGUUUUGUUCACAAUCACCUCUCUAGCCUCAAGCCCAGCUGAUUUUCUCUUGCAGUUGUCAAAUCUGUUCCAUACACCUAGACACCUGAACAUCCUGUGUCCACAUUCCCUUCAUGCCCCUGCUGUGCAUCCCAAGCAGUUGCACAUAUCCAUAUGACUGCCUGAGAUUUCUAUCUUCCUGUUUGUGGACAACUUCAGCAAUUGUUGCCAAGUGUCUUGCAGUCCCUGGUGCUUACUCAAGCGAAACUCCACUUGCAUCAGCAGAAGCAUGUUCUGCUUGAGAGGAGAUCAGCAGGGCUUGUGUCCCAGCCUUCCCCUUCUGGCACAAUGUUUUCCUUGGAGAGGAAGAAUGAGCUGGUGCCUAGCAAGCGUAGGAAAAGAAGAAAGCUUGGUCCCUCCUGUGGUCUCACCUGAGAGCCGUAUUUGUUCAAAGUUGUCUGGUCUUUGAGCUAUUCCCCUGGUGUGAAUCCAGAGGACUUCCACUGACUGACACAGUGCCACAUUUGCAGUGGGAGUCAUAACCUACCCUGCCAUGCUUGGAGGCUUUGGUGUAAUAAAUGCAGAAGGGCUUGCUCUUAGGGGCUUCUUCUCCCAUGAAGGUCCAGAUGUGAGAAGCUAGCACCUGUGAUGGGGAGGGGAAUGAGCCCACAGGAGCCACAGGGAAUGCAGGACAGCACUACGCUGGGAGUCACUGUUUGUGUUCUGGUGGCAGGGGAGGAAGUGGUUGGUGGAACAGGAGCACCCGUUAGACACCCCCCAGCUCCUCCCCACCAGGAUGAGCAAAGCAGCUUCAUAUGCUGGAUCUGGAGUCACAGGAACGUGGUUAGUAAGUGUUUUGCUUUAUUCUGACCCUGCUCUGAAAGGUAGUUCAUGCCUCCCAGCUCGCUUCCUUCCAGUUUGGAUCGUUAAAGUGCCUUAGAGAAAACACAACAGCUUGCCUUAAAGGCUCUCCCUGGAUGGGAAGAAGAUCUCAUUGUCCAGCCAGGAAAAUCUCCAGCUGGGAGAAGGAAAAGCAUGUGCAGGAAGGGGAGGCUGAUGAUGGCAGAAGGUCUGUAGGCUGCAGUACGCAGUGCAUUUUUGUCCCCUUCCUGUCUCCUGUGGGCAUGCAGUCUGCGAGGAUGGCUCCUGGGGCUGGCUGGAGAGUUGUGUGCUGGCAGUUGAGGUUACAGAGCUUGCACUUGGACUGAAGGCCGAGGGGUGUGCUGCUCUUUCAGGAAAGAUAAGCUCUCUGACAAGCCAUAUAACAUAUCCUAGGGUAGCCUGGGAUAGGGGCGCAGGGAACGUGCCCCUGCAGAAAGAGCUGCCUCCAGUGGAGCUUUAUCCUCCUUGUGCCCUCAAAAAGCAAAUGUACCUGUGGCAAACGGUGCCAGUUCAAAGGGCUACGGUAACCAAAAGAGAGCAAAACCUCUUGCCUCCCCACACCGAGGGGAAGGGCAACCAUUCAGUGAGCGAUGCCCACAUCAGGCUGGUGGGUUGUUCAUGUUUGCAGGGUGACUCGGCUGCUGAGGAAGGAAGUGUUGAAUUCCAGGUGUUGCCUUCUAGGACAAGAGAUUGCAAAGGGCAGGGAAGGCGUUUUGUUUUGUUUUGUUUUGUUUCAAAAAGCCAAAUUUAACAAACAAAAAGUCCCCCUCCUCCUUCUAUACUCCCUCCUGUACGUGUGUGAAAUUUAUCAGUAUUCUGUAGGUUUCCUUAGUGCACUUAUUUUACUUGAUUUUGUAAUUUUUUGAAGCAGGGGGGGUUGGAUAUUACUGCCAAAUAAAACAAAAUUUAAAAAAUAA